AUGCCCGAAUGCUUCACAUCGCCCGGGCCCUAUGGCAAGCAGACGUGCCCAGCUCCCGGCCUCCGAGAUAUCACCCGCAACAUCACCACCCACAAUGAGAAAGGAAAAGGCGUCUUCCUUCCCCCCACCAACUCUCAAUGGGACUCUCCCAUGGCCAACGGCUGGGCCAUCAACAACGUCAUCUACAACACAACCGGCUUUCCAGUCGACCUGAACGACGGCCAGGAUUUCAGCACGCUCAUCCGGAUCAUCGACUUCGCCCCGGGCUGCGAAUCCAACGCGCAUCGGGCCCUCUCCCUGGGCUACGGGGUGGUCUUGGAACGGGAAUUUGAGUUCGAGCUGGACAGUGGCGAGAAGCGCGUGAUGAAGCGCGGCGAUGUCUCUGUCAACCGGGCUACCAUCCACACUUGGCGGAAUUUGUCGCCGACGGAGCCGGCGCGGAUGCUCUAUGUGCUUUUGCCUAUCAAGCCGUUGUAUCUGGAUGGGAAGUUGGUGGAGCAGGAUAUGGGGCGCUUGGCGGAGAGUUAUCCGGCUGAUGAGAGGAAGUAG